GACAUCUAUGACAUUUAGAGCAGUUAAAGCCAGUUCAGAAACGAAUGUUGGGCUUGCAAUGUGAACAAGCCCUUGACUUUCGCCCCCUCAUACUCCCUUCCAUCUCGCCCCUUGUCACAUACCGCCUCCUGCCUCAGCAGCUUCGCAACUAUGGCUUCCACUUCCGCUCUCGAUCGGUUUAUCGCCGCACGCCUCCAUGCGAAUUCGACGACUCGUCAUGCGACAGUGCUGCUGGUCGGUUGCGAUGCGGCCUCCGUCGCAGCCGUCGCCAAUGGCCUCGCGGCGGCCGCCAUCGUGGACGGCACGGCCCUCUCCAAGCCCGGCGCAUCUCUCCGCGUGUCGGAGCGCGCUGUCAAUCGGGCCUCUCUGCGCGCCACCAUAGCCGCCGCCUGCUUCUCCCCGCCCGCGCACGAGGCGGACGCCCUCGCCGCGGCUCUGCGCCUCCGCCAGCACCUGCUGGCCGCCCGCCCUGCUGACGUCAUCGUGUUUGUUGGGGGAUGCGCGGGGAGGAUUGAGGCGGAGGGGCUGGUGAUGAGCGCGGUGGGCACGGCGCUUGGGGGGAGCGUGUGGGCGCACGCGGUGGCGGUGGACGUGGGGGGUGGGGAAGGGGAGGAGAAGAGGCGGGCAGUCGUGAGGCAGGCGGUGGGGGAGGAGAGGUGGAACGACGUGCGGUGUGUGGUGUGGCGGGCGGGCUGCACUGCGGCGGCUGACGCGCUGGGCGACGCCAUGGCGGGCGUGGUUCGCGCCACUGCUGCUGCCUUCUUCCCGCCGCCACUCCCCACUCACGCCACCGCCGACCCGCCGUCCCUCGACUUUGAUGACCUGGCCAUGCUGUCGGACCACAACAUUGCCACGUCAGCACCGGGUUGCUCUCCCCCGCUGUCCGCCUCCUCGGUGCCCUCGGCCCCUCCCAAGCCCACUGUGCCUCGUCCUCACCACCCCUCCCCCACCGCUGCAGCCGCCCAUCUCGCCGCACCACUGCUGCCGCCUGCUGCUCCUCCCUCCGCCCCUCCCCCUCCCCCUCUCCCUGUCCCCGCCUUCGCCUCUCUCUCCCUCGCCCUCUCUGCCUCUGUCCUCUCCUCUGCGGCCCCACCGCUGCUGCGUCCCACCACCCGCCCCCCUUCCUCCCUCUCCGCCUCUGCCCCCCUCGUCCGCCCUGCCCCCUCCCCCCUCGUCCACCUGGCUGCGGUGUCAGCUGCGCGCCCUGCCGUGUCCUUCCAGAGCAAGAGCCUCACCCCCAUGCCCGUCAUGCCUGCUUGCCACGUGGCAGCCGCCAACGGGCUGGCUGCUGAGGUGUCACCUGCACAAACAGCUCUGGGCCCCACGAAGCAAACGACAGCGUUUCCUGAUCUGAUGCACCUGGGACGGCAAGCCGGAAACACAUGCGACCCCAAGGGUGCGGCGGGCGCACACAAGACGGUGGUGCUGUGGUUCCGCAGCGACCUGCGCCUGCACGACAACGAGGCGCUUGCUGCAGCCAACAACGACGCCGCUGCCGUGCUGCCCGUCUACUGCUUUGAUCCGCGCGAUUAUGGCAAGUCCGCGUCGGGCUUUGACCGCACAGGGCCGCACCGCGCGCGCUUCCUGCUGCAGUGCGUGGCGGCGCUGCGCGCAUCGCUGCGGGUGCGCGGCAGCGACCUGGUGGUGCGCGUGGGGCGGCCCGAGGAGGUGCUGGUGCGCGUGGCACGAGCGGUGGGGGCGCAGGCGGUGCUCCUGCAGCAGGAGGUGACCGCGGAGGAGACGGACGUGGAGCGCACCGUGGCCGCGCAGCUCAAGGAAGAGGGAGUGGAGACGCAGACAUUCUGGGGCAGCACGCUCUUCCACUUGGACGAUCUUCCCUUCGCCCUGCCCCACAUGCCCUCCAACUACAGCGGAUUCCGUGAAGCCGUCUCACGAGUCAAGGUGCGGGACAUGGUGGAGGCACCGGAGCACCUCAAGCCCAUGCCGGUGCACGGCAACGUCCAGCCGGGGGAGAUCCCCACCCUGCAUGCGCUCGGCCUUUCAGCCAAUGAGCCUCCCACGCAGAGCCCUACCAUGUCGUCACUGCAGGGAGGGGAGGCUGAGGCUCUGCGCAAGCUCUCGGGCUUUGUGGCUGAGUCCAAGGCUGCUGCUGCUGGUUCCAAAGCCGCGCCCCCCAACAGCAGCCAGUACGGAGCGGGCUUCUCGUGUAAGAUCUCCCCGUGGCUGGCCAUGGGAUGCCUUUCUCCUCGCCGAGUCUUCCACCAUGUGCUGCAGCUUGAGGGGUCCCUGGCGCACCGUCUGACCAACAAGUCAGCAGUCAACAGCAGGGUACCUGGACUCAAGACAGCCACUGACACGGCUGCAAGUGCACCGAGCAUGGACUGGCUUGUCUUCGAGCUUCUCUGGCGUGACUUUUUCAGGUUUAUUACAAAACGGUACUCUCUGGGGGCACCUUCAGUCUCAGUUGUGGCCGCAUGAAGCCCCCUUUCACAUCAGCGAGCCUAGGGUUGAAAAAAUGGCUUCAUAGGGGUCCCUGUGACUUUUUAGCUGUGAAGUGAAGCAUGUGUUCUGC